CAAAAUCAGAACUCCAUGGAGCUCAAACUCCACUCAUCAAUGGCGUCACUGGGACCCGUUCCCCGCAAAUUAAACACUGUCAUCUCAUCCCAUUCCAAAUUCCCACACUUCUCUCCUCCGAAGCCUUCCGAUUGCUCUCUCCCUUCCACUCCUCUAUGCUCCUACGCCGUUCCCGAUUCCAAGAACCCCACCACCAACAGUAACAAGGUCCAACCCCGCCGUAAAAACGCCACCCCCACUGGUCGUUUCGCUCAAAAGACCCAAACUUCACGGAAGGAGAAUCUUCCCAGAGAACCAAAACCCAAACUUGAUAAUACUCAUAAUAGGGUCGACCAGAACCGCCAAAACGCGCUGUUUGAUGCAACCACCCUAAACGUUAAUUUGAUUGAGUUGUGCGAAGAGGGUAAGCUUGCUGAAGCUUUGGAACUCAUGGGUCAAGGUUCUGUUGCUGAUUAUGGUGUUUUUCUCGCCAUGUUGAAUUUGUGCGAGGGUACGAGGUCGCUUGAGUAUGGGAAAAUGGUUCAUGAGUUCUUGAGAAGAUCGAGGUUUCGAGGGGAGGUUGAAUUGAACAAUAGGUUGAUUGGAAUGUAUGAGAAAUGUGGUAACAUGAAUAUUGCACGCAAGGUGUUUGAUCGAAUGCCAGAGAGAAACAUGAGUUCUUGGCACUUGAUGAUCAUUGGAUACACUGAAAAUGGAGCUGGUGAUGAUGCUUUGUUGGUUUUUCAGGAGAUGAAGGAGGCAGGGAUACGGCCUGAGAGUGAAACUUUUGCAUUGGUUUUGGCUGCGUGUGCAAGGGAAGAAGCUGUAGAGGAAGGAUUAUUGCACUUUGAAUCAAUAAAGGAGUAUGGAAUUGUUCACACCAUAGAGCAUUACAUGGAGGUCAUUAACAUUCUGGGUAAUGCCGGUCAGUUGAAUGAAGCUGAGGAGUUCAUUGAGAGUAAGCCAUUUCAGCCUGAAGAUCACAUUUGGGAGGCUCUUCGAAAUUUUGCUAGGAUUCAUGGAGAUAUGGAUGAUGAGAAAUUGAAGGGUUUGAGUGGCCAGAGGAGGAGCUGGCGCUGUGGUUUCUAGGCUUAGCGGAGGUGAGAAGAGGGGAAGAAGAAGAGAAAGGGGCGCGGCGGUGUGGGUUGUCGCCGGAGGUUGUGGUGAAGGGAGGUGGCUGUGGCGGUGCUGAGGUGAUGGUGAUGGAGGUUAUGGUGAUGGUGAAGAAG